UACCUUGCAUUUAUCCUCGGGAAAAAGUUCCACUACAACGAAAUGUUGAUGAAUAAGUGGGAGAAAUCAAUUCAAAGAAAGAGUUCAGUCAACUUAUCUUUCUUUAUUAUUAUAUUUAGUACGUAGAAUAUUAUAAUUACAAAUUUAGUAAAAGGCUGCAUAUUUCAAAUCAUUUUUAUUUCAAAUCCAAGAGCAGAUCACUAUUAUUACAAAAAAUUUCACAGAAUUAGAUCUCUUUAGUGUGCAGUGCAUAAAGGGUAUAAUCUCAGUAAUUAUAUCGGAACAGUAAUCAGUGAUUCAGUUUUGCCAAAUGUUUUACAGUUUUGAAAUACAGUUUUGUCAAAAGCAGAGAACCAUAAUUAUCACAUAAUAAACACAGGUGCUUGUGUUAACAUAAUGUAUUCAUAGCUGCUAUAAAGAGGAACGUGCUAUCUUAAGAUAGACCUGUUAAAAAUGUAUCACCGAAAUAUGAAUGUUAUAGGUAGAAGGCUUUCCGGACAUUUACAAUUACGCCUUUUUUCUUCACAAGCAACUGUUGCCUUCUUCCAAAAAUCCCCGGAUGUAAAACCAUUUGAAGAAAUACCAGGAGCUACCGGCAGAUAUGCGUUACCUUAUUCAAUUGGAAAUAUUUUUCUUUUAAAGUCUCUAGGUUGUUUGGAUUUGCCAGUAGACUUGACAAAGUUUAUGACUACACUCCAUGAAAGAUAUGGAGAAAUUGUUCGGAUACGAACGAUGAAAAAGAAUUGGGGCGUGUUCCUCUUUCAUCCAGAUCUUGGGAAAGAGGUUCUUGAAAUACAAAUGAAACAUCCGUUUCGACCUCCAGUAGAUAUCCUUAAAAUUUACAACGAGAAGGAAAACCUCGGCCAAAGUUUGGCAAAUUUAAAUGGUGAAGAAUGGGCACAAUUUCGAAAGCCAUCCCAAGAAUUGAUAUUGAGACCGGUUGCUGUGUCUGCGUAUGUCGGAAUCUUGUCCAAAGUAGCAGGGGACUUUGUUGAAAAAAUUAAAAACUGUGGAAAAAUUGACGACCUUCGACCUACACUUGUCAAUUAUGCAACAGAGAGCUUAGGCAUGCUUUGCUUCAAUAGACGUCUUGGAUGCCUUGAUGACAGAUCUGUGAUUGACAUAAACCUUUUGGAAGACAUGUUUGACGCCAUAGAUCGAGAUUUCAAGAGCUUUGGUUUAAAACUCUAUCGAUUCUUCAACACGCCAUUGUACAAAAAAUUUAAAAGCGCAGCAGACCAAAUACAUAGUAUAUGCCAGAAAGAGAUAAAAGGAGCCUUGACGAAAUUAGAAGCAGCUAAACAGGAAGGAAGACUGGAGGAGUACCUACAAGAUCCUAAUUUGUUGUAUUCUUUAUUGAGUCACCCACGGAUGACACCUGAUAAUGUUGACAGAUUGAUAUUAGAUCUGUUUAUUGCUGGCGUGGAGUCAACAUCAAACACUUUAUCGUUUCUGUGGUUUGAGUUGGCAAAGAAUCCCGACAAACAAGACAAACUUCAUCAGGAAAUAAUUUCUGUUUGUGGUCGAGAUGAUAUUACAAAGGAAGCACUUGCAAAAAUGCCAUACCUUAAGGCUUGCAUGCGAGAAACAAUGAGGAUCUAUGUCCCGACAACACCAGGGACCUUUCGGUGUUUUGAUAAAGACAUAGUUAUUGGAGGAUAUCAUGUCCCUGCAGGGGUGAGAUUCUUAGCAUUUCUGAAAGACCUAAAAAGCAAGACAGAUAUUGUACCGUGUUUACAACAUAUGUGUCACAAUCCACGCUUGUUCAAAAGUCCAGAUUCGUUUCUUCCGGAAAGGUUUGUCAGAGACGACAAUACAUUGACGGAGGAAUACAAAAACACCAAUCCGUUUGUAACAAUUCCGUUUGGUGUCGGCCCAAGAAGCUGCAUUGGAAAGCGAUUUGCAGAAACUGAAAUGCAUGUUAUCACUGCAAAGUUUUUCCAACAAUUAGAAGCUUCUCUUCCACCUGGAACCGAUCCAGUUAUGGAGUAUAAAUACCGCACAUUUGCUACACCCAAAAAUCCAGUACCGCUUUUAAUUAAACCGAGGGAGAAUUAAAUUUAAAAACUUGUGUAUGUGUUUAUGUGUGCGUGGGCAUGUGUGUUAGAGAGAGAGAGAGAGAGAGAGAGAGAGAUACAUAAAGGACGAUAUGGAAUAAAGUAGGCGAUUAUUUAUCCAUGCGUGGUAUGAACAUGAAGGCGAGGGACCUUAAUUUGGGCCCGUCCAUUGAAAUAUUUAUAAUCAGAUUGUUAAUCAGUUACAUUUCUGGAAAUUAAUUAGAAUGGGAGACAUAACAAUGGAACUAUAAUCUUCGUACAUUCAAUUUUUCGUGUUACACAUAUUUUCUUUUCUUUUUUUCAGACUCAUACUAAAAUACAUCUAAACCAGUCA